UCAAAGCAAACGAGCAAAUUUUAUUUAUUGCAUAAGGAAUAAUUACCAUGAAUAACACAACGGAAUCGUUUGCAGUUGGUACUGAAAAUGACGUUCAGUCAAGGAAAUUAAGAGUAACACGCACUUUCAUUUUGAUUACGUUAGCGUUAACUACGUACUUUGGAAAUACGCUGAUCCUCGUUAGUCUAAAGAAGUUUUCAAAGUAUUUGAAAGGGACCCCAUUCAUUUUGAUGGGAAAUCUGGCCGUAGCAGAUCUUCUAUUGGCUGUAGGGCUUUCACUAGAAGUUUUGGGAACUAUAUUUUUGUCGCUUGAAAUAAACACGUUUUUCUGUGUAGUUAAAGUGAUUGUGACAGGUGUAUCACUUGGUACAUCAGGAAAACUUCUUAUCUUUAUAUCUUUUGACAGAUUUUGUGCAAUAAUGUUUCCGAUGAAACACCUUACUCAUUCACAAAAGUCAAGAUGUAGGAGAAUACAUAUAGCGAUCGUAUGGAUUAUAUCAGUGUUGGUUGUCUUAAUACCUGCAUUUGUGAAUUUGAGAUCGUCUAAGGUUUUAGAAGAUUGCAACUUUGGUAGAAAGAUACCUGCCGGAAUGGGUAUGUGUGCAUCUGUGUUUAUACUGCUACAGUUUGCCAUUAACAUUAUCAUGUGUUUAAUUGUCAUGCGGAAACUUAAAACAAAUACAUUGUCAAGGCAAAAAUGUAAAAAGAGCAUGAUAAAAUGUGGACAUUUAAUAAAAGGAUAUGUUCUUUUUGUUAUAUGUUGGAUGCCAUUUGUUGUGACUUCAAUAUUAGUGACAUUUAGUGAAGAGAAGGAAAGAUAUGCGUCAGUCCGUGAAUAUACAAUUGCACCGGGUCUGUUUAAUUCUGCAAUGAACUGGGUUAUCUAUGGUUGUGCUAACAUAAAACUAAGAACCGCAUUCAAAUCAAUCUUAUUAUGUCGGAACGGGCAGGAACUAUUCUCGGUUGGUCAUUUUAGAGCGGCAAGUUCAGAGAAAUACUCAAUUCAAAACGACCAGAAGAGCAAGCUUUAAAGUCUAGCCAUACACGUGAAACAAUAACUUAACUUGAAUUAAGUUAAAUAGGAAACACAAGCAAAGCUCUUGACAUUUCUUUCUGCAGUUUGCCCAA